UUCUGAUAAAAAAAAAUCUACAAUGCAAUUUCUGAGCCAACGAUACGAAAAAAACUGGAGUAAAGAUCAAUGAUUACUUAAUGCUCCAAACAACGAUUCAGGAGAACCACUGGUUAUAUGGACUAUUUGAGUAUCCUCUGUAUAUUGCUAAAGUUACUGAAAAUAGGCUUCGGACACCCACCCUACCUGGCAAGUAAAAAAUCAUCCGUCGGACCCCCUUACCCCAAAAAUAAAUCUUGGAUCCGCGCAUGGUCAUUAAAUUUAUUAUUAUGUAAACAAAUGUUAUUCUUCUUUCGUUUUCUCGGUGUCGUGAUAUGUGCAUGAUCAGAUUCUCAUUGGACAACACAGUAAAUUAGGCAAAAAAAUGUUUUAUUUUGGACCACUCAAAUUCGUUUUUGAGCUUUGUUUAUAAACAAAGAUUAUGACAUUUUUCUGUCAAACCAUAUCUUGACUAUGAGUUUGGGAUCAAAAGUACUAACACAACUUGAAAUGGGAAUUCUUAAAUUCUUACCCUUUUUGCUUCUCUUGCACCUGAUUUCCUACAUCGAUGUAGAAUGUGCUCAAAUCAAAUGCAAAAUAGGUGUAGAACGUUAUCACAACGGUGACUGUGUAAAAUGUACGUGUUCUGAGGGAAAUGGUCUCAGCAUUUCACAGAUGCUGUCCAGGGACGUUACGAUGUGCCCGCCCUGCUCGCCUUGCUCGGUUGGUGAGUUUUCUGGACCCAAAACAGAUCAUAUUUGUGUCAAUUGCUCGACUUCCUGUGAGACUCAAAAUAGAGUUACCGUGAGACAAUGUGACGGAAAAAAUGACGCGAUUUGUGGACAGUGUCUGCAAGGGUUCAGCGAGGAUGAACACAAUAUCUGUUUAUCUAUGGAUGAGCAUGGGAGAAGGAGGCGAAAAGAGCUCAAAGAAGAGGACCAUACAGUUUACUUCGUCUUUGCCAGUAUCGCCAUUCCAGCGAUGUUAUGUGUCAUCUGUUACUGCUGUCUCAGAAAUAAGAUUGGAUCCUGGAGACGAGGGUCAGCAAAGCAGUGCACUAACCCCAGGGACUGUAAAGCCCACUUAGUAUACACCAUCAACGAAAGUUCUGUUAAGGUGACAACGUACGAUCCUUGUGAUUCGAAAAUGGAUAGAAAAACAUUGAUUGGAAACGAGGAGUCAUGAUGCGUCUAGAGGAGGAUGAAUAUUGUGUGUAGUUUUUCAGAAGAACGUGUUGCUUGCUUCUUAGAUAUAAACACUCAAUGCUCCAUGGAAUUUGAGAUUCAGCAUGUCCAAUUGAAGAGAAUUAUAUUUUAUUACGUGUGGCUGUGGUUGGGAACGGGGGGGGGGG